AUGGCAAACUCUGGACCCGAAAUCGUAGAAGUACCUCCUCCGGGAGCAGGCAAAAACAAUGUUAUAAGAGCGGCAGGAAACCCUCUUUGCCCCAAAUAUAAGGGUACCAGUAGUUUCAAAGAAUUUAUCAGAAAAUUCGCUCUUUUCGCUAAUUCUGCCGGUCUUGUCAUCGCCGAACGUCUUGCUAUUUUACCACUCUUGCUCGAAGCACCUGAAGCAGAAACAGCUUAUUUCGAUAUUCCCGAAACAAUAAGAAAGCAAGGUCCUUGGAACGUUUUGAUUGAACAACUCCAAGAUAGACUUCUAACAGA